GGCGGCAGGGUUACCACUGUGGUCGGCUAGCGGUGCGAACUGGGGCAGGCUAGAGGACGGGCGGCGGCUGGCCGGGCGCCAGUGCGCCUGCGCAGAGACAGGGUGCCCAAUGCGCCUGCGCGAUUGCGGUCCUGUUGCCAAACUCCGGGUUAGGACGCCUGCGCGUUGUGCUGCCUACGUUUUGUAGUCUCCCCUGGGAAAGGAAGGUCGGGCGGGUUGGCUUGGAGGGAGCCCCCGCUGCGCGCAGAGCCCUCUGCUGGGCGGAGGUGGAGUGUCAACCCCCGGGAGCUAAUCGGCUCACGGCGCAAGGAGGAGGUCCGAGUAAAGAUCAAAGACUUGAACGAACACAUCGUCUGCUGCCUGUGCGCAGGCUACUUCGUGGAUGCCACCACCAUAACAGAGUGUCUUCAUACGUUCUGCAAGAGUUGUAUUGUGAAGUACCUCCAAACCAGCAAGUACUGCCCCAUGUGCAACAUCAAGAUCCACGAGACGCAGCCACUGCUCAACCUCAAACUAGACCGGGUCAUGCAGGACAUCGUGUACAAGCUAGUGCCUGGCUUGCAAGACAGUGAAGAGAAACGGAUCCGAGAAUUCUACCAGUCCCGAGGCUUGGACCGGGUCACCCAGCCCAGUGGAGAAGAGCCAGCCCUGAGCAACCUUGGCCUCCCCUUCAGCAGCUUUGACCACUCAAAAGCCCACUACUAUCGCUAUGAUGAGCAGCUGAGCCUAUGCCUGGAGCGGCUGAGUUCUGGCAAAGACAAGAAUAAAAGCGUCCUGCAGGUGAGAGGGACUGAGGGGAGGACCUCUCUAAGGAGACUCACCUCCCCAUGGCUCUUCCCUCACACACCUUAUUCUAUUCCUUUCCCUCCCCAUCCUCAGAACAAAUAUGUCCGAUGUUCUGUUAGAGCUGAAGUUCGCCAUCUCCGGAGGGUCCUGUGUCACCGCUUGAUGCUAAAUCCCCAGCAUGUGCAGCUCCUUUUUGACAAUGAAGUUCUCCCUGAUCACAUGACCAUGAAGCAAAUAUGGCUCUCCCGCUGGUUCGGCAAGCCAUCCCCUUUGCUGUUACAAUACAGUGUGAAAGAGAAGAGGAGGUAGGGGCCAAGCCCCCACCCAUCCCUCUCCCCUUCCCUCCCCAGAUAUUUAUGUGAAAUUAACCUUGGCUUUAUUUUUUGAAAUAAAAACUU